GAACCUUGGCUCACGGUCGGUUCCAACAGGUCAGAAGAGUGAUGACCAUCCUGUUCCUUACUAUGGUUAUUUCAUACUUCAGUUGCAUGAGAGCUGCGCCCAUGAGAGAGGUCCCGGGCGUGCAGGGGGGGGGCCACCGAGGCGCCGAGGGCUACCUGGGGGCUGCUGCCGCCGCUGUGGCUUCAGCCGGCCGGGGCCAUGGGACUCCACAGAGCGGGGGUGGGCUGCCUUCGCUCACGGACACUUUCGAGCAGGUGAUCGAGGAGCUGCUGGAGGCAGAAGGAGGUGUGGAGGAGGAGGCGGCCGAGGCCAUGCAACACCUGGGGCCCGGAGCCAACCAGGGCCAGGGAGGGGGGGGUCCCGGGGCAGCCGCAGCAGCAGUAGUGGCGGCCGAAUCGAAGGACGCCGACAUGUACGCCUCGCGGGUGAUGCUCAGCAACCAAGUGCCUUUGGAGCCGCCGUUGCUCUUUCUCUUGGAGGAAUACAAAAACUACCUGGAUGCCGCCAACAUGUCCAUGCGUGUGCGGCGGCACUCAGACCCCGCGCGGCGCGGGGAGCUCAGCGUGUGUGACAGUAUUAGCCAGUGGGUGACGGCCGUGGACAAAAAGACGGCCAUCGACAUGUCCGGCCAGACCGUCACCGUGCUAGAGAAGGUCCCGGUGGCCAAUGGUCAGCUGAAGCAAUACUUUUACGAGACCAAAUGCAACCCCCUGGGUUACACAAAGGAGGGCUGCCGAGGAAUAGACAAGCGGCACUAUAACUCGCAAUGCCGGACAACCCAGUCGUACGUGCGAGCCCUCACCAUGGAUAGCAAACGGAAGAUCGGCUGGAGGUUUAUACGGAUAGACACUUCGUGUGUAUGCACAUUGACCAUUAAGAGGGGGAGAUAGUGUACACAAUGUAUAGAUUUUAUUGAGAGUUCUAAAAAAACAGAGAGAGAAAAGAGUAAAUAUCUAUUUGUAUAUAUACAUAACAGGGUAAAUUAUUCAGUCAGAUGAAAAUUUUAUGGACUGCAUGUAAAAAAGAUGAAGUUUAUACAGUAAAAGUGAUACUACAGUCUAUUUAUUGAACAUAUUCAUGACCUUGUAAACAAUUAAAAAAAGAUCUGAUCAGUCA